CUGUAAAUCUGCACACACGGGAGAAAAUCUCCUGUUUAACAUUCUUUGCGCAAAUCAAUGACAAGAGGCCGGAAGACAUUUUCUCCGGUCUAUAAAUUAUAAGUUCCAUCCUCUGACCGACUUCACAUGCAGGAAAUUCGGUAGCUGUCACUUGUUCUUCUGGAAGUUGUCCUACUGCUGGCCUUCAUUUGCGCCCCUGUUGGUGCCUCCCAGUUUAGGAGCUGAAUGUGGAGUGGGUGGGGAAGUGCGCGGACACGCGGACGCGCCACUACAACUGCGAAAUGAUCGGCAAUUUAAACGCGAGCGCGCAUGGGACAGACGCGUAAAAUAAAGCGCGAUUGAAAACAGCAAAGGGAAAUCGAUUCAAGCACCUGGAGCUGGAUGGCCAUGCAGAGGGUGAGUGAAGCCGGGGACAGAGUUUCGGUCGCCUGUCCGCGGGCGCAGGGUCUAAGCCGGAGAGCGCACGCGUUCUCUGUGGAGGCUUUGGUGGGGAAAAGCUGCAAAAGGAUGAAAGUAGAAAAGGCGAAGGAUUUGAAGAUAGAGACGAGAGACUGCGACUUGGACAGAGUGACUGGGAACGUGGUGGAUGAAGGACAGGACAGCGUGCAUCAAAUCGAGGAAACUGUUGAACGCACAAGUACAUCCGCCGAGGACAAAACUGACCCAGACGCACAAAUCCAAGUGGAACUGCAAGGAUCCGAUCUGUGGAGCAGAUUUCACGAGAUCGGAACAGAGAUGAUCAUCACCAAAGCGGGCAGGCGAAUGUUUCCAUCCAUCCGAAUAAAAGUGAAGAACCUGGACCCCUUUAAGCAAUAUUACGUUGCCAUGGACAUCAGGCUCGUGGAUUCCAAGAGAUACAGAUAUGUAUACCACAGUUCCCAGUGGAUGGUGGCUGGAAACACAGAUCACUCGUCCUUCACCCCGCGGCUCUACAUUCACCCGGACUCCCCAUGCUCCGGAGAAACGUGGAUGCGCCAAGUGAUCAGCUUCGAUCGUGUCAAAUUAACAAACAACGAGAUGGACGACAAGGGGCAUAUCAUCCUGCAGUCCAUGCACAAGUACAAGCCGCACGUGCACGUGGUCGUGCACGAGCCAUCUCUGGACGUGUCGCAAAUCGCUGCGCUCCCUGCUGAAGGCGUGUGCACUUUUUCCUUCCCCGAGACCCAAUUCACAACUGUAACAGCCUACCAAAACCAACAGAUAACAAAAUUGAAGAUUGACCGAAACCCUUUUGCUAAGGGCUUCAGAGACCCAGGAAGAAACAGGGGUGUACUGGAUGGUGUUAUGGACUCUUAUCCCUGGCGAAAUCCAUUUGGUCUCAAUUUGAAACCAUAUGGGUUGGAGCUGCAAGGUGAAAAUUGUGGGUCAUCUGAGAGCUGUGGUGACAUUUCUUCACUGAAAAGGCUCUUGCCACACUCCAGUUCCUCACUCUCUCUCCCAUUCACCUUCUCUGGCUCUGACAGUGAUCUUCCGAACCUCAGCGUCCCAGUCUGCUCUAAAAUGACCUCUUCAAACACUUCUUUCACAAGCCGGCCUUACUGCAGCCUCAUACCAGACAGACUCAGAGGUUAUUCAGGGUUGCGACCCUUGAUGGACUUCCCCAUGCUCUCUUCUCUCCAUGGCAAAAAAAUAGCUUGCAGGGGUCAAUGCCUCCAUAGCCACUGCUUGCUUUCCAUCCAGAACCUACAGGCAACCCGAACUCCUGGAGCUCAGAGGGAUUCUGCAUCAUCUUCUCUCCUGUCACCAUAUGGGCUUUUCAGCUAUACUUUACCUUUCAAUCCACAUUUCUCCAGCAUUACCAGCUCACAAAAACCAGCUGACAGCAUAAUCCUGGCAUCAUCUGAAAGCCUGUUGCGCCAAACAGCCUGGCCUUCAACUGCCAAUCACUGCCUCUGACCUUGCCAGAUGCUGGAGUUGAACUUAUGAUAAACAUGUGUAAACAAUGCCAAUACAUAGCUGCUGUCACCCCACCACUCAUAUGAUUCAAUGCAAAAUAGCUAGGAUGAAGUGCAAAUGAGUGGAACAUGGAACUUUUGUUAUACUAUGGACUUCUUCAGUGCUAAUGCUGGAAAAACACUGCACUUAAUAUUUCCUAUUGGAAGACAGAAUUGACAAUAUAGUUUUAA